AAACCCUCUCUCUCUCUCUCUCUCUCUCUCUGCGCCACAUCACAACCCCAGGAGUCUCAGCAUUGCAGCAUAGCAGCAGGGCAGUGCACUGCUGCUCUGCGUCUCAGUCUCGCAGAUUAGCGAAAAAGAAAAAGAAAACCCAUCAACAAACUUAAAGCAAAUACAGAAAAACAGAAAAGAAAUCAAACCCUCUCUCCAUUUAUUACCAUUUCAGCCCUAAAUUUAUUUUCUUUUUAACCAAAAAUUAAAGGCUUUGAUUUGAUAUCUUGAAAAAGCACUUUGAGUCUUGACUCCCAUCUCCCUUUUAUUAAGCAAAUGCCAAAGUUGCAUUGAUUCAGCCAUGAAAGGUAGUCUCUUUUCUCUCUAUAGCCAUUCCCCUUUCGCAAAUCUUUUCCUUCUUCAACUUUACACUCCUGCUGUUUAGUUGGGGUUGAGGAUAAAAUGUUGGGUAUCAUAGAUCUUAAUACCACGGAGGAGGAUCAAACGACACCGUCUUCUGGGUCUUUGUCUUCUCCAUCCUCGUCUUCUGCUUCUGCUUUAAGUGCUUCUAAUUUAAGCCCCUCUGGGUCUGGUUCUGCUUCUUCUUCGGUGUGUUUGGAGCUCUGGCAUGCUUGUGCGGGCCCGCUCAUAUCCUUGCCUAAGAGAGGGAGUGUGGUCGUGUACUUUCCUCAGGGCCACUUGGAGCAACUCCCUGAUUUACCGCUUGCUGCCUAUGAUCUCCCUUCCCAUAUCUUCUGUCGGGUUGUUGACGUCAAGCUCCAUGCAGAGGAAGCCAAUGAUGAGGUCUAUACACAGGUUUCGCUGGUUCCUGAGAGUGAGCAAAUUGCGCAGAAGUUGAAGGAAGGGAAAAUUGGUGGGGAUGGUGAAGAGGAGGAUAUGGAAGCAGCUGUGAAGUCAACAACACCCCACAUGUUCUGCAAAACCCUUACCGCAUCUGAUACUAGCACCCAUGGAGGCUUUUCUGUCCCUCGUCGAGCUGCUGAAGACUGCUUCCCUCCCUUGGAUUAUACUCAACAAAGGCCUUCACAAGAGCUAGUAGCAAAGGAUCUCCAUGGCUUUGAGUGGAGGUUUCGCCAUAUCUACCGUGGGCAACCACGGAGGCAUUUGCUCACUACUGGAUGGAGUGCAUUUGUAAAUAAGAAGAAACUUGUCUCUGGAGAUGCUGUGCUCUUUCUCAGGGGUGAGGAUGGAGAAUUGAGACUGGGAAUUCGAAGAGCUGCGCAAGUUAAAUGUGGUGCUACUUUACCGGCUCUUUGUACUCAGCAGUUGAAUCACAGCACUCUCACAGAUGUAGUUAAUGCUAUGACUAUGCGAAGUGUUUUCAACAUUUACUAUAAUCCAAGGGCCAGCUCGUCAGAGUUCAUAGUACCUUCCCGUAAAUUCUUGAAGAGCCUUGAUCAUUCUUUUUCUAUUGGAAUGAGGUUCAAAAUGCGUUUUGAAACAGAGGAUGCAGCAGAAAGAAGAUGUAUGGGAAUAAUAACUGGAAUUAGUGACCUAGAUCCUGCUAGAUGGCCUGGUUCAAAAUGGAGAUGCCUUGUGGUAAGGUGGGAUGAUAUGGAGACUAGCAGGCACAGCAGGGUUUCUCCUUGGGAAAUUGAGCCAUCUGGUCCUGUUUCCAGUUCCAGUAACUUUAUGGCACCUGGUUUGAAGAGGAGCAGGUCUGGAUUGCCUUCAUCAAAACCAGAAUUUCCAGUUCCUGAUGGGAUUGGUGUAUCAGACUUUGGGGAAUCUUCAAGGUUCCAGAAGGUCUUGCAAGGUCAAGAAAUUUCUAGUUUUAACCCUCUUUAUGAUGGUGGUGAUCAGAAUCGGCAUCCAUCUGAGACAAGGAGGUGUUUUCCUAGCACUAUUGGUUCUGGGAUUGCUACAACAAGAAAUGGUGCCAGAGACCCAAUUGUGAAUUCUGAUAUUUCCCGUAAAGGCAUAGGCUUUAGUGAAUCUUUUAGAUUCCACAAGGUCUUGCAAGGUCAAGAAAUAAUUCCAAGUUCAACAUUUGGAAGAUACCCAACAGCUACCAAUGAGGUUUGUAAAAAUGGCAGCUUUGGAAUAUCUGAUGGCGAUCAAAUGACAAGCUCAGGAAAUGGAUGGUCUGCUGUGAUGCAGGGUUAUAAUACUCGUAUGUGCCUUCCCAAACAGGUGUCUUCCCCACCAUCAGUGUUAAUGUUCCAGAAAGCAAGCAAUCCAAUUUCAAACCCAAGUUCUGUUAACAAUUUUAAUGAUCAGGAGGAGCAAGGAGUUAGCAUUCGAAGUUGGUUUCACAAUCCUGAAACAUAUGGCGAAAAGCACACAUCUUCCUUGCAUAUUCUCAGAAGGGAUGAUCAGUGGGGCAUGGGUUCUUUUAGCAAGUCUUGUGGGCCCAUUCAACAUGGUAUUUCACCUCUUGUAGCUCAAUCAACAUUUAGGCGUGGUCAAGAUAUAGUGUCUUCAUGUAAAAGCAGCUGCAGACUAUUCGGUUUCCAGUUGACUGAGGAUAGGCACGUUGCUAAUAAGGAUGAUAAUAGCUCCAUUCCUGUGACAUCUCUGAAUCUUGGAUCUCCCUUUCUGCCUCACGGUGGAGAUCAGUUCCAUCUGAAGCCUCCAGCAAUAACCAAUGCAGUGGGGAGCAACUGUACCAAAUGAUGUUUGUUUUGCAGGGAAUUCUGCAAAAGAAUCCUGAAAACUAUGAUAUAUACUAAAGGAUGUAGUAUUUGCACCUGAGGCUACAGAAGAGAAUAUGCCUGCGGUUGCAUGGAUAAAACAAAAUUAUCUUCUUCUGAAAAGAAAAUGUAAUUAAUCUCCUGAGUUAACUCGGUCGUCUUCUAACUCCCUCGGCUAUGCAAAUGAGCUGUUUGUACUAAUGUAUUAGGUUCUCAUUGACAAGCCAUUUUAAAGAAUUGCCAGUCUGUUUUUGCUGUUUCAAUCCAACAUGGAAUUGUUAUAAUUAUUUUGUUGGUUCAGUUUCAUUAUUGAAUUGCUGAUA